ACAUAGUCUCAAGGCUUUGCCUCAUCAAAAUUCAGACUUAUCUUCGGACAACAAUACAUCUAAUUUAUCUUGUAGCUCAAAAACUGCCUCCUUAGAAAGGGAUGAGCAAAUUCAUAUAAUUUUAGCAGAGUCGGAUUUUCUAGAAACUGAAAUAUCUAAAUUGAAACAAGACAAUAGCGCAAUAAAUGACAACCCAAGUCAUAAUCAGGCACAAAGUAUCAUUUCUUCUGAAAUAAAUAUUAUGACCGAGCAUCAACCAUGCGACCCGGGGUCUCACCCUCAUGUGACUGAAACUAAAAACGAUUCAAUUCAGAAGGAUAGCCGAAUUAAGAUGCAAAAAUUUAUACAAGAAUUAUAUUUGGAACCCGUAUCAAAGGAAUCAAUUAAAGUCAUCAAAAAUAAAGAGCCGGAUAUAUCAGAUCACAAUGAAAAUGAUAAACAUAUU